AUGGAGAAGAGAAAGUACCUGGUUCCCUGUGACAUGCCGGUUGGGCAGUUUGUUUUCAUACUACGCUCCAGGCUGCACCUAUCUCCAGGAACAGCUCUCUUUGUGUUUGUAAACAACACUUUGCCCCAAACAGCUAGCCUGAUGGGAAGUGUUUAUGACUCGUACAAGGACAAGGAUGGCUUCCUUUACAUGUGCUACAGCAGCGAGAAGACAUUUGGCUGA